AUGGCCCCUCCCACAUUUGCUGAUUUGGGGAAAUCCGCGAAGGAUCUGUUCAACAAAGGAUACAAUCACGGCUUCGUCAAAGUCGAUACCACUACUAAAGCUGGUGAAAAUAAGGAAGUAGAGUUCAAAACAUCUGCUGCGCAUAAUCUGGGCUCUGGAAAACUUGGAGGAAACCUCGAUGUGAAGUAUAAGAUUCCCUCAUAUGGUCUAACCCUCACGGAAAAGUGGAACACUGAAAACCAGCUGGGCACAAUAAUCGAAGUAAAUGAGCAGUUUGGACGCGGUCUUAAACUCACUUUUGAUUCUCUCUAUGCUCCACAUGCUGGUAAGAGGACCGGCAAACUGAAGGCUGACUGGUCACUCAACACUGCCAGGAUUACCGGUGAAGUUGGCCUCACCGCAGCUCCAGUUAUCAAUGCAGCUUGCGUUUUCGGUCGUGAGGGAUGGUUGUUUGGUGCCUCUGCCACUUUCGAUACUGCUUCAAACAAGGUGGCAUCGACCUCACUGGCUUUCGGACACCAAUCGCCUAACUACAUUCUUCACUCAUUUGUCGUGAACUCGACCGAUUUCGGUGCCUCACUCUUCCACAGAGUCAACAACAAUGUUGAACUCGGCACUAUGCUUGGCUGGAAGGUCGGAGGUAACGGCGCUGAUUUCGCUGUUGCCGCAAAAUAUUUUGCUACUAGAGAUUUGGUGCUUCGUGGAAAAGUGAACAACAGCAGCCAGGUGGCUUUGGCUAUCACACAUUCGCUCUCGCCCGACCUUAAGAUGACAAUGUCGAGUCAGUUCAACCUCUCUUCCAAUGAUGCUCAUAAAUUCGGCAUGGGUCUUGAAUAUGAGCCACUGUAA